AUGGAUACUUCAAGGGUACUGGAAGAAAUGGUUGAUGAAUCCACUGUUCCAGAUUUUGUCAAAUACUUUUUUGAUCCAGCAAGAAAUGGUUGCGGUUUGAUCUGCAGAAUCCCAACAUGUCGUAAAAAUCUCAUAAGCAGGUGCCCUCCAGUUCUGUGAUUUGGCAACCACUUAGAUCUACCUGAUGGUGAACUAAACAGGCUCAAUUUGUUUUUAAUGCAGAGAGGAGGUUUUUGAGGAAACUUAAUAUUUCAAAUAUGCAUAUUUAAGUAAUGCUCAAAAACUGGGAUUAGGAACACCUUGAGUAAAAUACAAAUUGGAAGACUAAAAAAUCAUCAAAUUUACAGAGGCAUUUGAAAACUCAACACCCUGACCCAUGGAAACUCUUUGUGGAAGAUAAAGAAAAAAAGAUCAAAAUUAAAAAUUCCAUCGCGAAACGCAGCAGAGAUAGAAGCCUUGAAUCUACAAAAGUUACAAUUAAGUUUUCGAAGGAGCAUCUAAUAUCUUGUUGUGUUGAAAUGUGCACUGUCAAUGCACAUCCAUUGGAUACUAUUAAUUGCCUACUACGACGGUUCUUUGGUCCCAUCCAAAGAAGCCUCAAAUGCCAAAUAGUAAACACCUCGAGGAUUCGGGAGGAAAUUCAAAAGAAAGCAGAAUCCCUCCGGGAAGAAGUAAAAGCAGAACUGAAAGGUGCGUUUGUGUCUGUGAAGAUCAACUUUGCAUCCAAAAACACCACAAAGCAUUAUCUAACCACCAAUGUGCAGUUUAGUAAAGAUGGAUGUAUUCAGACAAGGCUACUAAGAAUAGUACCGGUAGCGAUCUCAUCCACAGGAGAAGACCUAAAAAAAAAAGUUUUAGAAGUCCUUACUGAAUAUGACAUCCCCCUUAAGCUAAUCUUCUCAUCAUCGAUUAGUAAUGGUGGGAACAUAUGGGAUUAUCCCUUCCUUGAAGAUUCAAACGCAGACUGUCCCAACCAAGGAGUGACGAAUCUUUCAGACUGCCUUACUACCGAAGUUGAAGAACGAGUAGAUGCUUUUGCUUCUUAUCGAAGCAGGAAGAUAAGUCUAAAAAUGGAAAGAGACACUCAGGAAGAAGUGGAAUGUAGCAAUAAGGCUGAAGGGUGUGCCGGAAGUGAAGAAAACAGUGAUGCCAGUCAGAAUGAAUUUGAAUUUGCAGAUGAGGAAAACUUGAACAAAUUAUUGUCUGCCACAGACAAAGCUUUGCAGGAAGAAGGUAUAUGCUCAAUACAUUCUGCAGUUCGCGUCCUACAACUUGGUAUUCAGGACGCGCUUAAAUCUGGUAGAUACAAGGCGGUUAUCUUAAAAGCAAAAAAUUUAGUGAGGUCACUGCAGACAUUUGAAACGGCAAAGCUAUUUGCUGAAAAAAACCAGAAGAGACCAGUAUUAUGCAAUGACGGCUGGGAUUCCAUAUACAGGAUAUUGAUACAGCUGGUCGAGUUAAUACCGUUUAUCCAAGAAAAUAUUCCAUCUGCAUGCAGUCAGCUCUCUCUCCAAGACCAGUGUGACAUGAAGGAAAUCAUAGUUUCGCUGAAGCCCUGCGCAACCGCCUCAAUGAGGCUCCUGUUAGAACAGCUGCCAUACAGUGAAGUUUUCACCAUUUUCACAGUGUGCAUCGCCAAAAUUGAAAUGCUUACGACCAAUGGAGCUUCCCAGUUCGCAUCACUCCUGUCAAACAAAAUCCGAACAAGAACAGAGCAAGUAUUUUCUCCGGAUCUCUUUGCUGCUGUAAUUCUAGAUAAGCGAUUCAAGACAGUGCUUGAUGGUACCCAAGUCAGGAUGGGUACACAUCGUCUUUUAGAAAUUUGGGAAAGAAUUAUGGGCACUGAUCAAAACAACACGCCAGACUUACAGCCUAUGGUAGAAGCACCAAUGGAGAUGGAUUCAGAAGACGAUGAGAUGAAAGACCUGAGCAUUUUGCGAGGUAUUAUGGAGCGUAACAAAUCAAACGAAUGUUGCUUCAAGUUUCCUACAUCUCUUAUGUUAGAGCCUAUUCGUGCCAAAAUCGAGACCUAUUUAAGGGAGAACAAUCUUGAAGCUAGUGAGAACGUAUUUAAGUAUUGGCAUGACUCCCAGUUUACGAAUCCGGAGCUUGCUUCCCUUGCAAAAAUCUUAUUAGCAGUGCCUGGAGAUGAACUCCUCCUUCAGAGGCUGAUAUCCAGCCUUCAAAUGAUUUACAUUGAACCUUCAAAUAAACCGGACUUCCAAUUACUGAAUGACAUUUUGUUCAUACGAAUUAAUUUUCCCAGACGUUUCGGUGAAGUCGAAUAACAUGUACUUGCAUCAGUUCUAUUCUCCUGAGUUGAAAUUUUUGUGAGGAUUUGUCCUCUUUACAGUUAGUUGUUUUUGAAUCAACCUCCUUCAAUUGCAUUUACCCUCAGCUGUGAAAUUUGACAAAGCUGUUGCCUAGAUUAAGGUUUUUGUGAUAGCUGACUGUGAUCUUAGGGUAAGAAUAUUUACAAAAUGUACACAUGCAUCAGUCAACUUGCUAGGCCAGUAAUAUUAUUGAAUUGUUGAUGUAUUAUUUUCAUGUAUAUUUCGAGCCAACAUCUUUUAUUUACCACUUGUUUUGAUUAUUAAGAAUUUAAUUAAAUUUAAAAAACAGGAAACAUUUUACCGACGGCAUCAUGCAAAAAAGAAUCAACUUUUUUACCAUUUAAAGAAAAACUUACAUGCAAUUUUCUGAUUCAGAGAGGUGCUCAUAUGAAUAAGCUAGGAAAAUUGAUUCCCUCCAAUUACAGCAUUUAGUUGAAAGGCACUAUGAAGUGGUAUCAGAAUAUUUCCAAGAUUGUGCAACUCCUUGGUUCAUCAUUAAAUAACUCAAAGCAGAUCUAUGUAUGAAAUUUGAAAAAUAAUUUUUCUUGUUCCACUGAUAUUUCUUUUGUGAGCAAAUAAAAACCUUCGAGCUACAAAAUAAAGUAAGUUGCACUGUCUUAAUAGCAUUCCAUAGCUAAUGGUUGCUUUUUGCAAAGUGUAAUCCAUGUAAAUGUUGGACUGUCAAUUGGACAACGCUCAGCGAAAGAAUGUCAUUUGCAUUCUGGUAAGCAUCUUCCAUCUUUUCAACUUAUUGUUACUAGGGUUCUCCCAAUUGAAACAUUUGAGUUAGGAGUUGUAUUUUUUCAAAAUUUCUUUGAAAAUGAAAGUGUUUUGCUUCUAAGAGAGUGAUUGAAAAUUUGAUCCUCUACAGAUUUUUUCUUUAGAUAAGUUCAUUUCAGAAAAUCCCCUAGAAAUACUUACAAUAAAUAUAAAAUUUUGAGGAUUUUUUCCUUUAACGAUGUACCUAUUAAUUUUUGUCUUCAUUUAAUUUGUUGGUUCAGGGAAACUGUUUUUUUAUUCAUGGAAAUGUUUUAUGGUCAAAUAGUUGUUAAAAUUUAUGAUAAGGAUUUUCAACUAGUGAUUUUUUCUUUUUCUUUCUUGUCUUUUUUUUUUUCCCAUUCCAGUGAAUUCCUCAUUUAAAGAAUUAUUUUUUGUUUAAAGAACUGCUUCUCCCCUUAAUUUCAUGUUUUUACCCCCAAAUGUAUUUAAAAGUGAGAAUUAGUUACAGGGAAAACUAUUAAAAUUGCUGAGGGAAGUGAAUCGUGUUAGUUAAUUUGUAAAUUGUACCUCAUAAAUUUCUUUUUCAACCAAAAAAUUACAAGACAUGUCAUACUUGUUGUAAUUUUCAUAAAUAAGUGUAAUCUUGUGAGCAAUUUUUACUAGUCACCAAUCUUUAAACUGUUUGAUUACCAAGCUUCAAUUUUUUUUUUGGGGGGAGGGGAGGGGCAUUCUUAAUGAUCUUUUUGUAUUUUAAGUGUAGCUAUGUAAUAAAAUAUGUAUCUUGAAAUUUUUGUUUCAAAAACUGAUGUUUACCUUGUGCGAAAAUGAUUAGACUUUCUGUGGUUUUCUUAUGUUUACUCUUCAUGCACUGACUUUUCCUCAUUCGUUCAUGAUAAGACUGCUGUUUUUGUGUAAAACAAAAACAAAAAAUUAAAAUGUAUUGAAAAUUUGACAAAAUAAACAAUUUGAUCUCAUUA